AUGAGUUGCCUCAAGAACUUGACAGAUGAGCUACUGACCCUGAAGAGUCAGCUACCAGCCGGUGGCGCUGACCGUCAGAGCAGAAACAAGUGCAAGGACAGUCAGCCCCAGACAAAUCAUCCAGGAGGGAUCCCUCUGGUCAGGAAGCUGUGCUAUGCAGUUGGAGGAGUGCCCAAUAAUAUGACAAAUGUUGCCAUAGGUUUCUCCAUACAGAUAUUUUUACUGGAUGUAGUACAGAUGGAUGCCUUCUAUGUGUCUCUGAUAUUGUUUGUGAGUCAUGCCUGGGAUGCUGUAACUGACCCGCUGGUGGGAUAUCUGGUCAGCCGGAGUCGCUGGACUCCCAUUGGAAAAUUCAUGCCAUGGGUGGUUGUGUCCAUGCCUUUGGCAGUCCUCUCCUAUCUUCUGCUGUGGUUUGUGCCUCGGGGCUCCAUGUCGCAGGCCUUCAGUGUUCCGUGGUACCUCACAGCCAGCUGUCUGUUUGAGACCCUCAUGAGUUGCUUCCAUGUGCCUUACCUUUCACUCAACAUGUUUUUGGGGGGAGAUGAGAGGGACAGAGACUCUGCCACAGCCUACAGAAUGAGUGUGGAGAUGAUGGCCAUGCUUGUGGGCUCAAUGAUUCAGGGCCAGGUUGUGGCAGUAUACAACACUGAGCGACAAGGAGCAUGUGAACAAGUGAACCAGAGCACCGAGCUAGCUCAGAACAUCCCUACCACACCACACACAGAUACACUGCAGCCCACGCGAAAGGCAUUCAUGACCUCUGCCCUGGUCAUGAGUGGCCUGUUCUUCCUCUCCUGCAUGGUCCUAUUCCUGGGGGUGAAAGAGCAGCAGGCUCCGCUCUGCACACAGGAGAUAGUGCACAUAUCCUAUCUCUCUUCUCUAAAGAUGCUUGUGGGCCACGUUCCAUAUCAAAGAUUGGUACUUGGAUUCCUCUUUGUUGCACUUUCCUUCCAGAUGUCCUUGGGGAACUUUGCCCUGUUUUGCAGCCAUGCAGCUGGGCUUGGAGCUCAGUUCCAACAUCUACUGUUGGUUCUUCUGAUUGCAGCAACAAUAACAGUUCCACUGUGGCAGGUCCUUCUGGUACGAGUUGGGAAAAAGACUACACUCUUCAUCGGUCUAUCACUGUUCAUCCCUGCUGUAGUGGUCAUAGCUUCUGUGCCAAGCAACCUGCCAGUCUUCAUGAUCAUGUGCGUUUUGAUGGGAUGCAGUCUGGCCACCAUGUUCCUGUUGCCGUGGUCCAUGCUCCCAGAUGUGGUAGAUGACUUUGCCGUUAGAAACCCCUGCUGCAAGGAGCUGGAGCCCCUGUUCUUCUCCUGCUAUGCAUUCUGCAGUAAGCUAGGGGGAGGACUGUCUGCUGGAAUCUCAACCAUGGUAUUACAUUUUGCUGGUUACGAUGCGGGUGGGUGUAGCCAUGGUGACAAUGUGGUGAUAGCUCUGAUUGUGCUGUUUGGCCCCGUGCCCAUCAUUCUGCUGCUUGUGGGGUUGCUCUUUUUUUUCUUUUACCCAAUCAACGAGGAACGCCGCCUCCAGAACCAAUCAGAGCUGGCCAGAAUGAAGCUAGAAGCUGUAUUACCAACAUAUGGAGGAAAUGAUGCUCAAUCAAGACGCAGACCAUCCAGUCAGACAUCAAGCUUGAAGUCUCAGCCAAUUCUGAAGUCCAGCUCAGUCAAGUCUUACACAAAGACAAUUCACAAUUAUGAUAGAAAACACAUAAAGUUGAAAAAUCCAUGUGUUACCUUUUUCGUGCCCACUCACUGUAUUCACGAUGGGAAUCUCCAUUCUUCUUUAUGUGAGAGCCACCCAGGAUACCCUUCAUUAGGUUCUGGACAAGAUGACCAACAUAAUCCUAAAUCUAAAGUUACAUGGGUAUAGCCAAAAUUACAAAUCCACGUAGAUAUAGGUUUUAAUGGCCGUUUUAUUAACCAUGGGACUAUUUGUUUGAAGAAAGGAAAUAAAACACUGUACAAUGUUUUAC